AUGGCCGUCUCCUGCAACACAGUCUGUCUCAGAAUCUCACUUGUCGUCUACAGCAUCAUCAUCACUAUCAUUGGUAUUGCAUGUGCUGGUGUUGGGAUAUACUUACUGCUCAAAUCUCAAGAUACGACCGGCUUGUUGCCAUUCAGCUCUUUUAUACUGGUAGUCGUGGCGGGUGUUCUGGUCCUUAUUGUCGGAUUUCUUGGCUUCUUCGGAGCACUCAAGCAGAGCACAUGUCUGCUUCGUUCGUUUGGCAUUGGGGCUUCAAUUCUCUUAGUGAUCGAAUUAGCAGCCACGAUAUUUGUGCUUGUCAGUCAGACGAAGGGCUGUGCUCAGGCUCUCCACGCUGUCCUCGAAAACUACACCUGGGCUAUCGGCAUCUCUGUGAUUGUACUCUGCCUCAUCGAAAUCGGAGCUAUUGUCAGCGCGUGUCGACUUGCGCGAAAGCAGACGGAAGAUGUCGAAUAA